GUCUUGACUUGUUUCGGUUGACCUUCCUCUAUCAUCAACUCUUCCUUACCUUACUAUAAAUAAGCCUCAAAUAAUCUCUUCCUCAUCAAAUUACCACUUCAAUCUCCUUAAAGUUUGCAUCAAGAGUUCUUCUACCUUAGCUCUAAAGCUUCCAUAACAAUGAAGAAAGUUGUGUUAAAGUUGGAAAUAAAUGAAGAUAGAAUCAAGCAAAAGGCUAUGAAGGCAGUCUCUGGCCUUUCAGGGGUUGAGUCAGUUUCAAUAGACAUGAAAGACAAGAAAAUGACCUUAAUAGGAGAUAUUGAUCCAGUACGUGUAGUGGCUAAGCUAAGGAAGAUUUGUUAUGCUGAAAUACUUUCAGUUGGACCAGCUAAAGAGGAAAAGAAAGAAGAACCUAAAAAAGAUGAUAAAAAGAAGGAAGAUGAUAAGAAAGAUACAAAAAAAGAAAAUGUGAUAAUUGAUCCUUUCAUUUUCUAUGGUGCACCUGCUUAUUAUAAUCAUCGGAUGAAACCACAGUACAAUCCUUAUUACAACAGUGCCGUAAGCGUUGAAGAGGAUCCUAAUGGCUGUGUCAUCAUCUAAAUUUUUUAUAUUAUUUUUGGUAAAAAUUAAUCAGAAAAAUAAUCAUGGUAGUUGCCUAUUGUUUUGUUUUUUUUGUUUUUUGUUUUAUUAUCUGUAAAAGUAGCUUGAUGUAUAUCGUGUUGAUUAUAUAAUAUGAGGCUAUUUUCAUUAUGUACGUAAUA